UUAAUGUGGCCAAGAAGAACAAAAAGGUUGGACACCCCUGCUUUAAACUGGUCCUAAGUAUCUCAUCAUCUCUUUUUCUCUUAGAGUCGCUCCACAUUUAUUCUUUACGGUCAUUCACGAAAAUUAGGAAAAAAUCCUAAAAUUAAUAAGUGUUGCACUAUUUUUAAUUUAAUUUUUAUAAAUACGGUACGUUUAUGCACUUCUAACAUAUUUCAGCCAGUAUAAUGUUAACAAAGUAAUGUUUUAUGUAAGUAUAAAUACCAUCUUGUAGAGAUCAGUUGGCAAGAAAUAACCUUUAAAUUAAGCUGACUUCACAACGUCAGAGGCUCGUGCAAACCUGUUAAAGAAGUUCAAAACGGCAGAAGGAUUUCUACUCAAAUACUAUAACAAUAAAUUGCACGUUUGACCAAAAAAAAAACAUGGACGAUCGACAGAAUGAAAUGCAACACGCAGGAACAUCGAAAAUUACCGUAGGCGAUCUUCCACAAAUCGCUGCCAAACAUACAAAGGAAAUGCAAAUUGGAGAUAAGUACUGCAUUUCCAUAAACCAAAAGAAGAUUUUUACGGAAAAUGCUAACAAAGCAGCGAAUGUAGAACAGACGUCACCCUGUCAAUUUUGCAAAAUAAACAUACACGAAUUAUUAGAGAAAUGUAAUGGAAAACUUAGGAACAAGUAUCGAACAUUCAGUGCUUACAUGGAUUCUUCACUUUGGUACAGCGAAAAGACUGUUCCGUUAACCGAUUAUUAUGUAGAUUUGCUGCUGCAGAUAACAGAUCAUUCUGGAAAUCCAAUCGAAGGGGAGAUUAACAUCGAAGAGUUGUUGAUGGAAAUUACUGAUGAACAUACAAAUAUUCUUGUAUAUGGAGAUCCGGGUUAUGGUAAAUCCACGUUGUGCAAGAAGAUUGCAUAUGAAUGGGCCAUUGAUAAUCCUGCAUUACAACAUUUUGACUCUGUUGUCGUCAUGACAUUGAGAGAUCUUCAGGGAAAAAGCAUUGUCCAUGCAAUUCUGGAAAUUGUUUGUGGAAAUCACGAAGUGGGAAUGAAGGAAAAAAUAUGGAAUGCCGAUGUAAACUUCUUGAUCAUUUUAGACGGUUACGACGAAUUCCCUGAUAGAAAUUCAGUAAUUCAAUUUAUAAAAGACGAUUCUUUCGAGAUUUCACGAAAUAUGACUAUUCUUGUAACCAGUCAUCCCGAAUCUGCAGAAAAAAUAAAGAUGGCAUUUGAUAUAAAACUUAAUCUCACUGGAUUUCGAGGUCAACAGCAACGUAAAUAUGUAAGCUUAGUUUUCAAACAAUCUGAAGAUAAAGCACGCAGUCUUCAGUAUAUCUUAGAAAGAGAUGAUUUCCUUUUUCAUUUAUCAAAAUGCCCAUUAAUGUUACAUUUGCUGUGUUGUUUGCAUAAGUUGGUAGGACUAGAAUGUACCAAAAGUAGAACAGAAGUGUUCAUUCUAAUAUUUCAAUUUCUUAUCGAGAAAUAUAUGAGAGCUAAUAGUGGAUGUAACCAUUUGAAGAAGGGAAAGUAUUUUUAUGGUGAAGAUCUUUUAGUUCGAUUGGGAAAACUAGUUUAUGGGCAGAGUAAAUCACUAUAAAAGGAAAGAAAGAAUUACCUUCGAUGAUUUAAAAGAAUGUUUUCCAGAUGAGAAAGAACUUGAAUUUAUUCUCGGGUUGAAAUUUUUUAUUUCAUUCUGUAACCAAGAUAAAAAUAUAUAUUUUCACUUUAUUCAUGUGGAUUUUGAGACAUUUCUCAUCGCUCUUUAUUUACAUAAAAACACCGAAGAAUCACGUUUCGAUAUUUUCUUGCAAAUAACUAGCUAUUCGCCUAAUUACUAUAUUACAAUAUUUUACAUGGGUCUGUUAGGAGAUGAGAAAAUUACAGAAUUUUUUAACAAUUACUUUGUGAAAGUUAAACAUCUGCCAGAUUUUGAAAAUAUAAUAUGCAACGAAAUUACCAAUGCAGAUAACAUCGUCAUAAUGAAGAGCCAAAAUUCCAUUAUACAAAAAGUCAUAAAAAUUGUAUAUGAAUUGAAGAAUAUCCUAAUUAAUUAAGCAGGAACAAGCACAAUGUAUCUUAAAAAAAGAAUAAUUGGUAAUUAUUCUUUUUUUGUUCGUUUUGUUGAUUUUAAUUUAAGAUGCUUGU